AUGUCUAGACAAGGCGAAAAUUCUGCUUUAUUAGUGGAUAGUGAAAAUAACCACCCAUCAUACAUGGGAAAUGAGGAUGGAGCCUACGAUUACUUCAGGUUAUCAAAAAGUCAGCUUUCCGAUCUUCAUAAUCCUAAAUCGAUAGGAUCAUUUAUUAAAUUAUUUGGCUAUGAGUCUAGCAGUUUUUUCAAAUACUUGAAAACAGAUAAAAAUGCAGGUAUUUCUCUUUCAGAAAAAACAGAUUAUCGCAAGACUAACCGAUAUAAAAAUUACGGCGAUAACUCCCUUCCUGAAAGAAUACCAAAAUCUUUUUUACAGUUAGUUUGGGCUGCUUUUAAUGAUAAAACAAUGCAAUUACUGACAGUCGCUGCCGUUGUUUCCUUUGUUCUAGGUCUAUAUGAAUUAUGGAUGCAGCCCCCACAGUAUGAUCCUGAAGGCAAUAAAAUUAAGCAAGUUGACUGGAUAGAAGGGGUUGCUAUCAUGAUUGCGGUCUUUGUAGUAGUUCUAGUGAGUGCCGCCAACGAUUACCAGAAGGAGUUGCAGUUUGCAAAACUAAACAAAAAGAAGGAAAACCGUAAAAUCAUAGUCAUAAGAAAUGAUCAGGAAAUACUAAUUUCCAUUCACCAUGUUUUAGUCGGUGAUGUCAUUUCAUUACAAACCGGCGAUGUUGUGCCUGCUGAUUGCGUUAUGAUAUCAGGGAAGUGCGAGGCAGACGAAUCUUCCAUCACUGGUGAAUCUAACACAAUACAGAAAUUCCCGGUGGAUAACUCACUAAGAGACUUCAAAAAAUUUAAUUCUAGUGAUGGCCACGCCUGCAAUAAGCCAUUAGAUAUAGGUGACGGUAACGAAGACGGUGACAAGAUUGCUGAUUGUAUGUUGAUAUCAGGCUCCAGAAUUUUGUCCGGCUUGGGCAGAGGCGUUAUCACUUCUGUUGGUGUAAACUCAGUUUAUGGUCAAACCAUGACUUCACUAAAUGCCGAACCUGAAAGUACUCCCUUACAGUUACACCUGAGCCAAUUGGCCGAUAAUAUUUCUGUUUACGGUUGCGUGGCUGCUAUAAUCCUUUUCUUAGUCCUUUUCACCAGAUACUUGUUUUAUAUUAUACCUGAGGAUGGCAGAUUCCAUGACCUGGAUCCUGCUCAAAAGGGUUCUAAAUUUAUGAACAUCUUUAUCACAUCCAUCACGGUGAUUGUGGUGGCUGUUCCGGAAGGUUUACCAUUGGCAGUAACUUUAGCUCUAGCAUUUGCAACAACAAGAAUGACUAAAGAUGGUAAUUUAGUAAGGGUUUUAAGAAGCUGUGAAACCAUGGGAUCUGCUACUGCAGUAUGUUCCGAUAAAACUGGUACUUUGACAGAAAAUGUUAUGAGUGUCGUUCGUGGCCUCUUGGGCAAUUCUAAAUUUAAUGAUAAUAAGUCGUUGCCUGUUAGCGAACAAAAAAAGCUGAAUUCUAAGAAAGUUUUCGAAGAAAAUUGUUCGUCAUCCCUAAGAAAUGAUUUAUUAGCCAAUAUUGUUCUGAAUUCAACGGCCUUCGAAAACAGAGAAUUCAAGAAAAAAGAUAAGGGUAUGAACGAUAAUACUAAAACUUCAUCAAAAAACUCUAGUUUUGCAAGUAAGUGGAAAUCUAGAUUAUCGAUUUUCAAAAAAAGCAAGGGGAAUGAUGACGAAGAUCAAUUAUUCGAAAACGUCAACAAGGGGAAGCAAGAACCCUUUAUUGGCUCUAAAACGGAAACAGCCCUACUCAGUUUGGCAAGAUUAUCAUUGGGAUUACAAGUGGGAGAACUUCAAGAUUUGAGAGAUCAACCGACAAAGAAAUUCAACAUCGAAAAAAUUGUUCAAACUAUUCCGUUCGAAAGUUCCCGUAAAUGGGCCGGCCUAGUUGUAAAAUACAAAGAUAGCAAGGGUAAAAAGUCAUUUUAUAGGUUUUUCAUUAAAGGUGCCGCAGAAAUUGUUUCCAAGAAUUGUUCAUAUAAGAGGAAUUCAGAUGACACUUUGGAGGAAAUCGAUGAAGAUAAUAAAAAAAAAAUUAAUGAUGAAAUCAAAAAUCUUGCGUCCGACGCUCUUAGGGCCAUAAGCGUUGCCCACAAAGAUUUCUGUGAAUGUGAAAGCUGGCCUCCUGAGCAACUACGUGAUAAAGACUCACCAAAUAUGGCUGCUCUCAAUUUGCUAUUUAACAGUCAAAAGGGCUUAAUUCUAGAUGGUUUACUCGGAAUUCAAGAUCCUUUGCGUGCCGGUGUUAAAGAGUCAGUUCAACAAUGCCAACGAGCAGGUGUAACUGUACGUAUGGUUACUGGCGACAACAUAUUAACAGCAAAGGCCAUUGCGAGAAAUUGUGGUAUUCUUUCUACUGAUAUUACCUCCGAAGCUUAUUCUGCAAUGGAAGGCACUGAAUUUAGGAAGUUGACAAAGAACGAACGUAUAAGAAUCUUACCAAACUUAAGAGUCUUGGCAAGAUCAUCACCAGAAGAUAAAAGAUUAUUAGUAGAAACAUUGAAAGGGAUGGGAGACGUUGUUGCAGUCACUGGUGAUGGUACGAACGAUGCUCCAGCUUUAAAACUAGCCGAUGUGGGAUUUUCAAUGGGGAUUUCCGGUACGGAAGUUGCUAGAGAGGCUUCUGAUAUUAUUUUAAUGACUGAUGAUUUCUCUGCUAUUGUCAAUGCUAUUAAGUGGGGAAGGUGUGUCUCAGUUUCCAUAAAAAAGUUCAUACAAUUUCAAUUAAUUGUUAAUAUCACUGCAGUGAUUUUAACGUUUGUUUCAUCCGUUGCAUCCAGCGAUGAAACAUCGGUACUGACGGCGGUCCAACUGCUAUGGAUCAAUCUGAUCAUGGAUACUCUGGCAGCUUUAGCUUUAGCCACUGAUAAGCCCGAUCCAAAUAUCAUGGACAGAAAACCUAAGGGUCGCUCAACAUCAUUGAUUUCUGUGUCAACUUGGAAGAUGAUUCUAUCACAAGCUAUAUUGCAGUUGAUCGUUACAUUCAUUUUGCAUUUUUACGGACCAGAGUUAUUCUUCAAUAAGCAUGAAGAUCAAAUAACAAGUCACCAACAGCAGCAAUUAAAUGCCAUGACAUUCAACACUUUUGUUUGGUUGCAAUUUUUUACCAUGUUAGUAUCGAGAAAAUUAGAUGAAGGUGAUGGUAUAUCAAACUGGAGAGAUAGGGUUUGUGCCGCUAAUUUGAACUUCUUCCAAGACUUAGGUAGAAAUUACUAUUUUCUCACAAUCAUGGCAAUAAUUGGUGGCUGUCAAGUUUUAAUCAUGUUUUUCGGUGGCGCACCAUUUUCUAUUGCCAGGCAAACCAAGUCAAUGUGGAUAACUGCUGUACUGUGUGGUAUGUUGUCUUUAAUCAUGGGGGUGCUAGUAAGAAUGUGUCCCGAUGAGGUAGCAUCAAAGGUAUUCCCAGCUGCUUUCGUUCAAAAAUUCAAGUACGUAUUUGGACUCGAAUUCCUUAGAAAAAAGCAUAUCGGAAAACACGACGAUGAAGAGGCGUUGUUGGACGAAUCCGAUACUCCAGAGUCAACCGCCUUUUACUAA